CUAGCCGCCGUGCACUUGUGUGACGCACACUACGUCACCGACGCCGCCAAGUAUGUAUCCGUUCUUCUACUGUCCCUUCGAACGAUGCUUCAGCUGGAACUACCUCACAUCAACGUUUUGUCAAAGAUCGACCUCCUGUCGCACUAUGGUGAUCUAGACUUUAACCUUGACUUCUACACUGAAGUCCAGGAUCUGUCACACCUUGAGAAUGUCCUCACCACAAUCUCCCCACGGUUCACAGCACUUAACAUGGCAUUGAUAUCCGUCAUCGAAGAUUUUGGUCUCGUAGGAUUCGAGACGCUGGCUGUUGAGGUUGACAUACGUUGGGUCAAAAAGGACAAAGCUUCCAUGCUCCACCUCGCGCGAGCCAUUGAUCGUGCAACUGGAUAUAUAUUCGUUCCUCCAAGGGAAGCUCCCGCACCAGAGGGCACUAUCGAUAGUUCUGCGGAUUCUGCGUCCGCUCGGCCCAAUGCAUUCUCCCUCUUCUCGACUGCAGCAAGACCACUUCCUGGAGACGUGCAAGAUGUUCAGGAGCGCUGGAUAGAUGCUAGAGAGGAAUACGAUGCGUAUGAGAAAAAAGAGUGGAGGAGAGAGGGCGAGAUCGUUCAGGCGCAGACUGCCGCAGAGAGAAUGAAACGUCCUGAAGAACGGAAAGUUAAAUCAGUCGGAAUCAGAGAAAGGAAAUGA